AGUCAAGUGUUGACAAGACAAUAAUUGAGCGCUUUCUUUGCUGAACGCAAUCCAUGAUCGCGAAAUUUAGAGGAAAAUAGACAUUUCCACGCGUUUAUGUUUAUAACCUCUCUUGGAAUUUUCUCUGUUUAUGGUCAUAUGUUACCGUGUCAUUUCGUCAUUUCAACAUUGAAUAUUGAAUACGCUUUUCGGAAAUAUUAUCUAUCAUGAGCGACUAUCAUGUAAUUUAAAAAAAAAAAAAUAUAUGUAUAUAUAUAUAUAUAUAUGUAUCGAUUUUUGUAACUUCAGAACAUGUGUAUUAUAGCACUGUGAAGCAAUUAUUUUCACUAUUUUUCGGAAACAAGAUGCCAGAACGAAUCGAAAUCGGUGUUAUUCCGAAUAAUUUAAGACAUGAAGAAACUAUAGUUCAAAUAGCAGAAUCUCUGGACAAUUUGAGUGAUGCUGUCUCAUAUAUAUUUGAUUGUAUUGACAAGAGACUCUCAAAAAAUACACAAAGAUUAACUAGCAUUAAAGAAAGAGCAAGAAAAUUGGAAGACAGAUUGUAUUAUUUACAGACUAAUUUAAAUUUGAAAGCAGUAAAAAUGUACUCUGCUGCUAAAUAUCCAGCUAAUCAUACUUAUAAGGAGUAUCAAAUGACUAUACCUCCACAGCGCAAACAUGCGCCUAUUAUACCAAACGCUUAUAAAUGUUCUGUGCCUAUAAAAGAUAUUCCCGAAGCGUAUUUAUCUUCUAAUUGUAAGAUAGAAGAUGGUCAGUAUGCUGCAAAUGUCAAUCUUCAAGAGAAGCUCCAAUUUUAUCAUGUACGAUCAAAGGCUAGUAAAAAAGAUAACCCUGAAGAUAAUGAGGAGCUAUUGCCAUCACAAUUAUCUUCAGUUAGUGCCCUCCUACUAUUUAAUAGCAUGGAUAGUCCCUAUGAAAAAACAUCCACGAGAUCAUCGCGUCAAUCUACUGACAAGCAGCAAAUUGAAGAUGCACCAGAUUCAAUUGUGCAACCAUGGCUGUCAUCAGAUAUGGACGCGUCUUCUAGUUAUUUAUAUACUCCAACACUUGGAGAGGUUCCUCAAAUAAAUGUUCCACUAACACUCCCGGAUCUACCAGGUAUUGUGGAUGAUGAGAAAUUCGUCCUCGAUUUUAAUUCCCAAAGCCCCAUCGCGCCAUCAUCCGCAGUCACAACGCCUACUGUUCGCUUGGAUCUGCCGACUCCGAUCAGCGACGAAAAAGACUCUGGGUCGAAGAUGGAUGAUGGUGUUUCACACUUGCCAAUUCUGCCUGUACCUACUGUCGUGACAACCACGCUGCAGGAACCUGCGCCACCACCUCCUCCACCUCCUACAUUUAUUGUAAAAGAAAAUGAUGCUGCGAGCAAUGAAAAAAUUGGUUUUCAACAAAUUGUGGCACCUCCACCGCCACCACCGUCAUCGCCACCACCGCCACCACCGCCGCCACCGCCGCCACCGCCAGCUACAGAUUCGAUUGUUUCUGCGUCAAAUAACAAUGCGGAGAAACAAAAAAAGAUAAUGAGUCCAUCAACGAAAGCUAUAACGGAUGAUCGUUCCAAUUUGAUGGCGGCGAUUCGAGACGCUGGCGGGAUAGGUAGAGCGAAAUUAAGGCCUACUGCAUCGGAUGCGAAGAAGCACGAUCGCUGGUCCUCGGCAUCAGUCGGGGGAGAUCUGAUGGCGGAUUUGCACGCGAAAUUAGCUCUGAGACGCAAAGGUAUCGCUGGCUCCACAAUGGGCGCUCUGGAAAGAAUGUCCAGUCUAAUACCACCGCCUCCAAAACCGAAUGAAGCGUCUGCGUCGGAUAGAAAUUCCGCCACCAGCGAAUAUGACUCUCAACCUGACACAGAUGAUUGGGAAGAGUGAUUAUUACUGUUGCGAUUAAUCGAGCGUCAUUCUGUUGAACAAUUAUUAUAACAUAUAGAGCAAUCACACAAAUGGCUUAAACUAUUAAUAUUCGCGUGUGUGAAGACUCAGGGGAAAUUCGAUAAUAGACUGAAACAGAUGGAUGGUAGUCAUAAUACAGAUCUAGGUAUAGUACUUUCUUUUUUUCAAAGAUUUUAUUUGGUGGCUGCUAAUUAUAUCUUUGUCUAUAAUUAAUUUGAACACAAGUCUAUGUUGAAAAAAUUUCAUUGUAAUAAUAUAAUUCGCAUAGUACAGCCAGAAAGAUAUUGUAUGAUAAUUAUAUUUACAAAUGAGCAAAUUAUAUAUUUUAUAAAGAGAUAAAAGAUUUCUUAUGAAUAUAAGUGUGUAUAACAGAAUAGAAAACUUUAUUUUAUACAUCAAUACACAGUUUUUUUGAUUAUUUGUUUAUAAUUCUAUAUAUCGGAUUUUUAUUUGUUAUAUGUAUAUUGUGCGAUCUUCCUUGGAGAAAAGUCUUGUACAUAAAACAUAUUAUAGAAUUACUCCAUUAUAAUAUUGAUUAUACAUUUUCUCAUAUGCAAUAUAAUGUACAAUAUACAAAUAUAACUAAUUGUGUAUAUAUAUAUAUAUAUAUAUAUAUAUAUAUAUAUAUAUAUAUAUAUAUAUGUAUAAUACACAUAUAUAAGAUUUGCAUAUA